ACUGAGAGCCGCAGAAUCAUCCACAUUUCUGCAGAGCAGAAACGCCGUUUUAACAUCAAACUGGGGUUUGACACAUUACAUGGCCUAGUGAGCACUCUGAGUGCCCAGCCCAGCCUUAAGAUCAGCAAGGCCACAACCCUGCAGAAAACAGCAGAAUACAUCUGCAAGCUGCAGCAGGAACGCGCUACCCUGCAGGACGAAACCCAGCGCCUGCGGGAUCAAAUUGAGGAGCUGAACGUUUCCAUCAACGUCUGCCAGCAGCAGUUGCCUGAUACGGGGGUGCCCAUCACCCGCCAGCGUUUUGACCAGAUGCGACAUAUGUUUGACGAAUACGUCCGCUUGUGCACCUUACAGAAUUGGAAGUUCUGGGUUUUCAGCAUCAUCAUGCGGCCUCUCUUUGAGUCCUUCAACGGGAUGGUCUCUACCAGCAGCCUAGAAAGCCUCAGUCAGACAUCUUUGGCCUGGCUGGAACAAUACUGUUCACUUCCGGCACUGCGCCCCACUGUACUGAGCUCCCUUCGCCAGCUGAGUGUUUCGACUUCAAUCCUGACCAACCCAUCUGGCAUCCCAGAACAGGCUACUCAAGCAGUGACAGGAACAAGUACCAUCGAUGGCUCUUCCUAGCCCCAAAAUGGGAUGCUAACCAGAGAAUAACAGCUGCCAGAGGAUUCUUUCAUCCCUUCAGAAGAGCUACGUUUAUGAAACAACUGAUUGAUUGGUUCUCUGCAGGAAGCUUAUAGAAGAAGCCUCUCCUGUGUUGACUUUUUUACCAAAGUUUCUCUAACUCAAAAGCCAUCUGAACCAGCCUUCUCUCUCAACCUGGCUCAUGAAAAACAGAAGUGAUUAAACUAUAAGAUCUGUGUGAUCUGUGUGCUUUCUCUUGUUAGGCUUAGCUGACACUUCCAGUUUAUACAUUUCUGAUUCAUAUACUGUAGGUGUGGAUCUUCAGUUCUCCAUAGUACUUUUUCUGGCUUCAGUUCAAAGUCUUAGAAUGACUGUAGAUCAGGGGUGGGUUCCUGCCAGUUC